CCGACGAGAACGAGCUGAGCACGGCGCAGGCCGCGUUCGACCUGUGGUCGCAGCAUUCUGCAUUGACGUUCGAACGCUCCGAAACGUUGAAUGCCGACAUUAUAAUAUCUUGGCGACGCCUAGUACACUAUAACACGAUCGCCGAGGUAAACGGAGAAUUGUGCUCGGUCAACUUCGACGGCCCCGGCAACGUGCUCGCUCACGCGUCUCUCCCGACGGACCAAGCGGGAUUUGUUUCCGAGGUGCACGUCGACGGGGACGAGCCGUGGCACAUUUACGUCAACAAACAUCCCGCGGAUAAGUUUUCCCUGCAUUACACGCUGACGCACGAGAUCGGCCACUCCCUCGGAUUGGUGCACAACAGGCGCAAAACAUCGGUGAUGUUCGCGAUACAGCCGGACCUGCAGUAUCCGGUGAAGCUCGACCAAACCGACAUCGCCGACAUUCAACCGCCGUCACCGCCGCCGCCGCCGUCGCCGGACCUGUGCAGCCUCGAUCGCGUGAACGGGAUAUUGAUUGUGGAAAAUCGAAUGUACAUCUCGUACAAACGUUACGUUUGGUCGGUCGAUCUGGACGGUAGGACGUACAACGGACCUUUAGCCCUCUCGAAUCAGAUGAGCUUUCUUCACGACAAUUACACGCGCGUGAGCGCUGCCUAUCAAUCCCCGUCCGGCGAUCUCAUGGUGUUCGUAGAUAAUUUGGUAUACUUGGUUCAAUAUCCGGAAUUUAGUCUGCGGCCAGGUUGGCCGAAGACCCUGCAAGAACUCGGAUUUCCCGAAAACGCGCUGAUCAACGGAGCGGUGAACACCCACAGAGGACGUUCGUACGUGGUGUUCAACGGUAACGCGGUGGGCGAGAUAAACGAAUGCGACAGGGACAAGAGAGUCGCCAAAUUUACGCCCCUCGAGGCGACGUUUCCCGGAAUACCGAAAGGCGUGACGUCGAUAUUCCGCUACAUCGACGGCAAUCUGUACUUCAUCACUCGGACGCAGUUCUACAAAUUCAACGAAUUUACGAGGACCGUCUCGUCAGCCGGUAAAUUCGAUCUGCGGAUACUGAAUAUCGUCUGCCCUAAGGCCGACCUGCUGCAGCAGUUGCGCGAUCUCCUCGAUCGAAUCGUACGCCUCGACGAUAACUCGCUAAUGUCGGCGAGCGAUUAUUGGAACGAUGACAACACCGGAGUUCGGCUCUCCGAUUUCCGCAUCCGCCGAAGGAAGUAG